AUAUAUUUUUCCCUUCUUCUGCGUCAGCCUCUUCUCUCUCACUGCAGCAACCAAAGAGCUUUGAAAACCCUUGAAGCAAAUCCCUGAUUGUCGUCCGCAACCUUCGUCGAUCCUCAAUGGCUCACACCACCGGCUUCGAUUCUCGCCCCAGCCUCUCUCUCACUCCUCCGCGCCAGAUCUCCAAAGAUGUCCAAGUAUCAGAAAAUCCAAUCCCACUGUCACCCCAGUGGCUUCUGCCAAAGCCAGGAGACAAUAAACUGGCUAUGGGACCUGGGGAAAACAAUUUCAGCCCUCACUCAAUGCAUGGCCGCUCUGAGAUGACCAAGUUGCCUGAAAACUGUGAUGAGGUGGCUGAUACCCAGAAGAAGAAGGAUGUUUUCAGGCCAUCCUUGCUUGACAUGGAAACUGGUCGUCGAGACCGCUGGCGUGAUGAAGAAAGAGACACCAAUUCCUCUAUCCGUAAAGACCGUUGGCGGGAUUUUGAUAGAGAGCUUGGAGACACUCGUAAGACGGAACGUUGGGAGAACUCUGCAAGAUCCUUUGGGGAGUUGCGUCGAGCCCCAUCUGGGCGAUGGACUGAUUCAGGUAGUAGGGAUAAUAAUAGUCAUGAGCAACGCCGUGAUAGCAAAUGGAGCACUCAUUGGGGUCCUGACGACAAAGCCGCAGAUGGUUCACGUGAGAAGUGGAUGGACUCUGGGAAAAAUGGUGAUGUUCCAAACAAAGGUUUGGUUCCAUUAGGUAAUAAUAGGAAGGAUGAGGAUCAUCUUAGGCCAUGGAGACCUAGUUCGUUGCAAGGUCGAUCCAGGGGAGAACCUCCUCACCACCAAACUCCAACCAACAGACAUGUUCCUGCAUUUUCUUAUGGUCGUGGUUCUGGGGAAAAUGAUCAAGCAACCUUUCCACUUGGACAAGCUAGAAAUAGCUCGGUUGGAAGCUCAUUUGACAGAAUGAUGCCAACUGUGGUGACAGAUUCAGAGAAGGGUGAUUCUGUCCAUGGGGAUUCUGCUACUUUAAGAUAUAGCAGAACAAAACUGCUUGAUAUUUACCGAAUGACUGAUGUGAGUUCACUUCAAAACAUAGGACAUGGGAUCACACUAGUGCCUUCACUUACGCUGGAAGAAGUGUCGGGGCCUUUGGCUUUAUGUUCACCAAAUCCCGAGGAAAUGGUUGUUUUGAAAGGAAUUGAUAAGGGGGAGAUUGUAACAAGUGGUGCACCCCAGAUCUCAAAAGAUGGAUCUGUUGGACGCAACUUGAUUGGCUUUUCACAGUCCAGACAGCCCAAAAUUGCAGAAAGCAAGGAAGACGUUCCUAUUGAUUCUGAUGAUGUCAAAAUUGAAGUACCCCAAGGUAGUAGUGUGAAAUUCCCUGAGGUUUUGUCCCAUGAAAAGCAGCACUCAAAGGGGUCUAGCUCGAGAAUGGAAAACUUUCGGGAUCCAAGGCCUUAUUGUGAUGCCAAAUUCAAAACAGAAGCUUUUGGAGAAGAUGGUGACUCCAGAAAGGCUAAUGAUGGGAUAAUCAGUAGGGAGUCAAUCUCUCAGGGAAACAAUUCUGCAAUUCCUGUCUCUGCGUGGCGUGCAUCUGUGUUGGGAGAUCGAAGUCACUCAUCUUCAAACGAUUUGAGUGAUACACCAAACGAUAAACGGUCCGGAGCCCCUGGAAUUUCUUGGUCACAGCAACAAAAGGGCAUGAGUAAUGAUUGGGGAAGUCAUCUGGGAAAUUUGUCUUACUUAAAGGAUGAUGAGAAAUUGCUAAAUGAGGAUAGGCUAUCUUCUGCUGGCAUGGGAAGGGAACAAGAAGCAAGGCGUCAUGUGCAAACUCCUCCAGAAGAGUUACUUCUCUACUAUAAGGACCCUCAGGGUGCAAUUCAGGGUCCCUUUUCUGGUGGUGAUAUCAUUGGAUGGUUUGAGGCUGGAUACUUUGGCAUAGAUUUGCUAGUUCGCCUAGCAAAUGCACCAAGUGAUGUGCCAUUUGCUUUACUAGGUGAUGUUAUGCCGCACCUAAGGGCGAAAGCGAGGCCACCACCUGGAUUUAAUGCACCAAAGCAGAAUGAUUUUGCAGAUGCAAUAAUCAGGCCGAAUUUCAGUACUUUUGGAAAGGUUAGUGCUGAAAUUGAUCUUAGGAGUGAGCAGAGGCACAAACAGGGUUCAGCAACAGAAGCUGAAAAUCGAUUCUUGGAGUCAUUGAUGAGUACUCCUAACAGUAUGCCCGUGGAGAAGUUCCCCUUUUCUGAAGGUUUGCAUUCAUAUGUUGGAAAUAAUCCUAGUGGCGCAGGCCUGUCUGGAGUGGAUGGUGCAAACAACUAUCUUUUAGCCAAGAGAAUGGCUCUUGAAAGGCAGAGGUCUAUGUCCGACAAUCCUCAUUGGCUAGGAAGAGAUGGUGUAUCAAUGCCUCCUAUGUCAGAGAUUGCCCAAGACCCAUUAGCUCUGCAACCAAAUCUUCAACCGUUGCCUGCCGAAAGUAUUCGUUUGCCUCAUUCUCAAAGUGCUGAUCUCCUGCCGGUCCUUCAAGGCUUAUAUGACAGGUCUUCCUCUGGUAUAAAUAACGGAAUAGCUGGUUGGUCGAAUUUCCAUGCCCAGGGAAGCUUGCAGGAUAAAGUUGACUUGCAUCUUGCUCAGAACCUCCCUCCGCAAACCCCCUUUGGGAUUCAGCAACAGAGACUUCAACCUUCUUUAACUAAUUUGCUUGCUCAUGGUGUAGAUAAUUCAUCUAGCAACUUAACGCCCGAAAAGUUACUCUCAUCUGGCUUGUCUCACGACGCCCAGCUGCUAGGUUUGCUGCAACAGCAACGUUUGCUGCAGCUUCAUUCUCAGUCGCAUAUUCCAGCACAACAAUUGUCCCUGUUAGAUGAACUGUUGUUGCUUAAGCGGCAAGAGGAGCAGCAGCAACUGCUGCGGCAGCAACUACUACUUUCUCAAGCUUUAGCAGAGCAGCAGGCUUCCCAGUUUUUGCGUGAACCGCCUUAUGCUAAUUUACAGUCAGGUGCUAUAUCUACAGGGAAUGUGUCUGGUGAUCCUCGCCUUCAGCCAUCACAAGAGGGGUUUCAGGCUGGGCCAACUAUACCAGUGCCCACUAUGCAGGAUGAACGAAUUGCUAACAAUGUUAGUCUACCUUCAAAAGUCACAAAAGAUGCUAAUCAAAGUUCUAUUUCUGAAGCUUCUAUAGCUUCACUUCUGCCACAUCAGAUACUUGGUAAUGUGAACCAUCGCAACAAUUGGCCUUCUCCAGCUCCUGAUCAAAUCCAUGAUAGCUAUCAUAAGGAGCCAUUAUCAGCUUCAAUAGUUGGUGAGAGCUCUCCAUCAGAAGUUUUUGAUAGGCCUUCACAGCAGCCUUCUCAUCCAGUGCAAACUUUUGCUGCCUCUGAAGUCCUUACUCCAGUAAUUCCUGAGAAAUCCUUCGAAAAAUGUUCGAGGAGUGAUGACACUAUGACGGUUGUAACGUCAGAGCCAAGAAAUGUUGAUUCUCUGCCUUCUGAGUUUGUCGAAUCUACUGAUGCCGUUCCAUUAGCGAGGAGUCUGGAGAAUGAAAUGUCAGUGGCUGAUCACGCUGCUGCUUCCAAGGUCCAGCCUGACAGCUCUCUUGACGAGAAGCAAACUGAGGAAGAGUUCUCCAAUGAAUCUUCCAGAGUGUCGGAGGCGAAAAGUAUUGAAGCGCGUGAAGUGAGAAAGACGUCCGAGAAGAAGUCGAGAAAACAAAAAUCAUCCAAGUCAACCUCUGCUACAGAUCAGGCGAAGGGCUCUGAAACAGCUAGUAUGCAGCGGACUAAGCAGUCUGAAAUUGAUCGGCUACUUGGUGCCGAUGAACCAGUUGAGAUGGGUAGAGCGACUGGCGAAGAAGUUUAUGGAACAUCUCCCCAGAGGACGAUUGACAGGGUCACUACUGUAAUGGAAACCAUGGGGUCUCAGCAAGUAAAAGCAAUCAAGCAAUUAGAUAGUGUUGAAGCUGAUUUUAAGAGUGCUUCUGAGCCUAACCAUGCUGCUCCUGUUUCUGCUCAAAACACACAACUACCAUCAGGACAACGUGCUUGGAAAGCUGCCCCUGGUUUCAAGGUGAAGUCACUGUUGGAAAUUCAGGAGGAAGAGCAACGGAGGGCACAGACAGAGGUGGCAGUUUCUGAGAUUUCUGCUGGUAUCAACUCUGUAAAUUUUUCAACUCCAUGGGCUGGGGUUGUUGCCAGUUCAGAAUCUAAGAUCUCCAGAGAGGGAUUAGAAGAUGUUGACAACUCUGAGUUUAUUGUGGCUAAAAAUCAAAGUUCCAUUGACCCCAAGAGUAAAGAGAGUCAGUUACAUGACUUGUUGGCUGAAGAACCAUCUGGAAAGUCUAGUCAACGAGAGAUGGAGAUGUCUGAUAGGAAACAUGGUUCAUUGUCUCAGCAAGUUGCAGCAAUUCAAGUGGAGACUCUGGAUGGUGAGAACUUUAUUGAUGCAAGAGAAUCUAAAAAGAACCGUAAGAAGUCGGCAAAAUCUAAGGCUGCUGGAUCUAAGAACCCAGCUCCUGUUACUUCUGCUGAUGUCUCUGUUGGUUCUAGUGCUGUCGAGAAAGGUAAAAGCUCCAGGAUGGUGCAGCAGGAGAAGGAAGUAUUGCCGAUGAUCCCAUCAGGGCCGUCUUUGGGAGAUUUUGUUCCCUGGAAGGUGGAAGCGACUAAUUCUCAGCCUGCACCAGCAUGGUCUACCGACUCUGGGAAGCUUAUUAAACCAACAUCUUUAAGGGACAUCCUGAAGGAGCAGGAAACUAAGGUUGCGGCUGGCCAGCGCCAAAACCAAAUCCCGAUUCCUCAGAAAUCUCAACCGGUUCCAUCUGCCCAUAAUUCUUCGUGGUCACUUUCUGCAUCUUCUCCAUCUAAGGCGGCAUCUCCUCUACAGAUUAACUCCAGUGCUUCCUCUAAGCCUAAGUUUAAAGAAGAUGAUGAUUUAUUUUGGGGGCCGAUUGACCAAUUAAAGCAAGACACUAAGCAAGCCGAAUACCCUAAACUUGCAAGCCAGACAAGCUGGGGAUCAAAGAACACUCCCGUUAAAGGAACUCCAAGUGGGUUGUUUAGUCGGCAAAAAUCUGUUGGUGUCCGACCUGUUGAACAUAUUCGUUCGUCCUCACCUGCUUCUGGGCAGACAUCUUUAAAGGGAAAAAGAGAAGCCAUGAACAAACAUUCAGAGGCCAUGGACUUCAAAGAUUGGUGUGAAAGUGAGUGUGUGAGGCUUAUUGGGACUAAAGAUACAAGUUUCCUGGAAUAUUGCUUGAAGCAGUCACGAUCAGAGGCCGAGAUGCUUUUGAUUGAGAAUCUCGGAUCCUUUGAUCCCGAUCAUGAGUUCAUUGACAAGUUCCUGAACUACAAGGAAUUGUUACCAGCAGACGUACUUGAAAUUGCCUUUGAAAGUCGGAAUGAUCGGAAGGCCCCUCUUGUCGGUGCUGGAGAUGUGAAUUCCGAUGAUCUAGGGCAACUCGAUUCCUUAAGAGGUCCCGAUGGGCCUUCAAAAGGAGGCAGCAAGAAGAAGGGGAAGAAAGGGAAGAAGGUCAGCCCUUCAGUUUUAGGAUUUAAUGUCGUCAGCAACCGGAUCAUGAUGGGCGAGAUCCAAACGGUCGAUGAGUAGGUUGGGUUUCAUGAGUUGGAUGUAAAUACAUGUUUUGAUUGAAAGGUCUGUACAUGGCCUUCUUGUCAGGUGUUUAUGGCUGACCCUUUUUGUUCUUCCUUUUAGAGCAACAGCUGCGGCACUAAUUUAAUCUGCUCCAGCGAUUUUGUGCACUCUGUAGUUUAGUCAUUUUACUUGUAACUUUAUUUCAAGGAAACUCGUUUCCUUUC